AUGGCUGCAGCAGCGGCAACAGCAACAGCAGCAACAGCACAAACAGCAGAGGAGGGGCAGGCGGACCCUAGUGGAGCGGCGCUCUGUUUCUUCUGCUGCUGUCGUGAGGCCUUGCAGCAGCAGACAAACAGCAGCAGCACCGCCAAACAACCCGCAGUCCCCCGCCAUCCCGCUGCAGCAGCAGCAGCAGCAAAAGCAGCAGCAGACAGAGAGCAGCACAUGCAGCAACAGCAGCAACAGACACAAAAGCGGCAGCAGCUGCAGCAGAUCGGCAGCAGCAGACGCAGAAGCAGCAGCAGCAGCAGCAUAUCGGUAGCAGCAGAAGCAGCAGCAGCACAUCAGCAGCUGCAGCAGCAACAACCGCUACAGCAGCAGCAGCAGCAGCAGCAGCAGCAGCAGCAGCAACGUGCCUGA